AUGGCUGAUUCGGCGAAAGCGGAUUUCCUGCAAGGGGAGUUUGACGACGCCAUAUUCUCCAUGACAGACUUUGAGAGCAUCACGUUCGACGCCAUGGGCGACAUGGGCCUGGCAGACGACGGUCUCGCCGCCAUGAGCGCCGCAUUGAACGGACUGUCCGCCACGAACGCCGGUCCUGCUACAAACGCGGGGACGUCCGGCGGUGGGGGUGUCCCUGUGCUGCCAGACGCCGUCCACGCGCCCAGCCAGCACGAGCUGUGCAACGACGACGUGGUCUUUAAGUCUUAUGUGCAUGGCACCGAGGCUCGCGUUGGCCUUCAACCCCUGCCUGCUGGUACUGCUGGUGCUGCUGCUGCUGGUGAUGGUGCAGGUGCUGGUGCUGUCGGUGCUGGUUUGGUGGCAGGUGCAGGAACCUGUAACGCAGGUGGUGGUAACACAUGCUCUGGUAUGUGUGUGCCUGGGAGGGAGAACAAGGGUGAGACGCUUGAGGGGAGGACUACAGGAGAGGUGAAACCGAGAACUCCAACCGCUAAGUCAAAUCUAAAACGGGUCUUUGAGCCAGCCUAUAUGGAGGACGGAGAUGGGGCUGGGUUUGAAGGUGGUAAUACCAUGAGUGCCGGUAACCACAUGAAUGUUACAGAAUCAGGGGAGCAGCAAGGGGGUAGGGUAGAAGGAGUGCGCAUGGCAGGCGCUGCUGCUGCCACGUCAUCACCUCAAGGCCUGCCCCCGCCCUUUGUCUUUCCCCCCGGCAUGCUCCCUGGAAACGCCACUGGCGCUGCGUUGCCUCGCCCCCUUUCAGUGGGGAGCGUGGGAAGCAUGGGGGGAAUUGGGGGCAUGGGGACCAUGGGGGGGAUGGGAGCCAUGGGGGGGAUGGGGGGCAUGGGGGCGGGGAUUGUGGGCGCUGGUGUUUCGUCUCUCCCUGGUUUACCGGCGCUUCCAGUUGGCAUUGCACGCCCUUCUAGAACAGCUGCAGUUGCAGGCAGAAUUGCUGGUGCUGCUGAUGGUGGUGGUGUUGGUGCUGUGGGUGCAGCGGGGAGAUCCAGUCCCGUUUCUGCUACAGGCUCAGCAACUGCAAUGGAAGCAACAACAGCGACUGCAGCUUCUUCCGCAGCAGCAGGAGGAGGAGGGGCAGGAGGGGCAGCAGGAGCAGGAGCAGCAGCAGGAGGGGCAAGCAGCAGCAGGGCUGGAGAACUCGUAAAGACAGAAGGGUUCGAAGGGGAUGCAGAUUUAUACAGCCACAGAGUGGUUAGAUCAGGAUCCAUAGGAGGGGGGACAAGAGCAGGAGCAGCCGGAGGAGCAGGCAGGGCAGCGGGCCAUCACAGGCCGUCUAUGGGAAUCAGACGAGGGGUGAGCCUGCAUGAAGGGCUCUCCAACAUGCGCUCCUUGCCCCCUGGUUCGCCCGCAGUGGUUCUUUCUCCCGCCGGAAUCGUGCUGCAAUCGCUGGCAUCACCAGCACCGCACCCGCCCUCGCAGUCACCAGGAGCGCCCUCCCUUCGCUCCACCCUGCCCCCCUCACCUCGUUCCCCCUUCCCCCCCUCGCCUCGAUCAGCUUUGCCCGGCCCAUCGUCCAGAGCUGUGGGUUCAGGGUCGGGGGGAGUGGGAGGACUGGGUAGGGCUGUGCCUGCCUCCCCCUCUGUUGCAUCUGUGCCUGCUGCUACCGGCACUUCUGCUGCCAGUGCUGCUGCUGCUGCUGCCAUGGCUGCUUCUGCGUCUGCUGCUUCUGCUGCUGCUGCAGCGGCUGCCGCUUCCGGCCCGUAUGCUAAGAUGCGCCGAGUUGCCUCUGCUGGACAGCUGUCGCAUUCCCAUUGGCCGGCUCCAGCAGCAGGCGGGCAUAUGGAUGGGCACGCGCACAUGUGGCAGAGACUUGGGGCGGAGAUGGGGGAAUGGGGGGCGGGAGGGGGAGGGAUAGGGGGGGCAGCGGGGGGAGCUACUCAAUCUGCCGGUUUUACCACUCCUGGUGCUGCUGCGCGUAAUACCACUCCUACACCCGGGGUUGCUGCUCCAGGUGCUUCCUGUACCUCUGCUGCUGCUUAUGCUGCGGCUGCUGCUGUUGCCGCCACUGCUGCUGCCAAUGCCAGUGGUACUGCGUCUGCCACGGCUCCUCUAUCUGCUGCUGCGGCAGCGGCAAGGCAGGGCACAGCAGCAGCAGGGACAGGGCGGGUAGCAGGGGCUGUGGCAGGGAUGGCUAACGGGUGUGUGGGGGGGACUCAUAGUGGAGAGGGGAGCACAGGGGAGCAAGGGGAGGAGGCACAGGGCCGAGGGGCAGAGAGAUUGAGGGGGGCAGGCGAUGUAAGAAGUCCAGGCAAGGCAGGAGGAGGGGCAGGAGCCGGGAGGGACGGAGCAGGACGAGGAGGUACAACCGGUGCUGGGGGCUCAGGGAAAGGGGCCGAUGGGGCAGAGAGCUCUCGUCGUGUUGCAGGGAACCCAAUCAUGCAUGUGGGCAGCCAUGGCGAUGGGGAUGGGGAUGGUAACCACAGCAAUGGCGAAAGUGGCGAAGGGGAAACUGGUGAUGGCGAGGAUGGUGAGGAGGAUGAGCUGAAACCCCUCCCAUCCCCCAUCCUGCGUGCCCGAAGGGCUAUGGGCAUGGGGGCUGGCAUGGGCGCAGGCAUGGGCAUGGGCAUGCACAUGAGCAUGGGUAUGGGGAUGAGCAUGCAGAGGAGCUUUAGCAGCCAUGCGUUGGGGCAGCUGCAAAUGCAGCAUUUGCCCGGCCUCCCGCCGCUCCCCCCAGCAGCAGCAGCGGCGCAUCUGGCAGGGCAGCACAUGCCUGUGGGCAUGGAGGGGGGGGUCAUGGGCAUGGGCGAGGGGUUAGUUGCAGGAGGGGGAGGGUCAGGUGGGAUGAAGGGCGGGAUGGGGGGGAUGGGAUCGCAAGGUGCCUCUACGGGUGGUGGUGGUUCUGGUUCCGGUGGUGUGACUGCUGCUGCAGCAGGCUCGUAUGUUACUGGUGCUGCCAGUGCUAGUGCUGCUGCUGCCGCUGCUGCUGGUGGUGGCACUGUUGGUGCUGCUGGCAUGAGUGUGGUAGGGGAGGGUAUGAUGACAGAGGCAGCAGGAGCAGGGAUGUCAGCAGCAGCAGCAGCAGCAACCACAGCAGCAGCAGCAGCAGCAGCAGCAGGCUUGACAGGAGGAUUUGGGGGGGGGCAUUUCGCAGGCGUGGGGGGAGGCAUGAGCGGCAUAGCAGGGAUGGGAGGCAGCAUGGGGGCUCCGAUGCUGCCGUCGUUUAGCAGCAUGAGACGAGCGCACAGCACAGGAGAUAUUCAGUCCCUGGCUGCAAUGCGCUCUCUAGCCAUGGGCUUCGGCCACCUCGCAGCCCCACCUGGAGCAGCAGGAAUGAGUCCCUUUGAUGACCGUACCGGCAUGGGACUGGGCAUGGGCAUGGGUAUUGCGGGUAUGGGGGGUAUGGCAAUGGGCAUGGGGGCCAUGGGCAUGGGCAUGGGAGCGGGCAUGGGCAUGGGAAUGGGGAUGGGGGUGUUUCGAAUCGGACGGUAUACGUUGGAGGAGCGGCGGCUGCGGAUCAUGAAGUACCGGCAGAAGAGACACGAGAGGAACUUCACCAAGAAGAUCAAGUAUGCGUGUCGUAAGAACCUGGCGGACAGUCGGCCGCGCGUGAGAGGGAGAUUCGCUCGCAACGACGAGAUUGAGGAGACCAUGGCGCUCACACCGUUCGGCAACGAUCCGCUGUUUAACUCGCUUCUCCGGCUGUCGCACAUCCCAGACGAGUUCAGCACUCUCUUCGACGCUCCGACAUCAAGAUUCGUGAGAGACAGCAACGCAAUGGCGUCUACAGCCGUUGACGUGAAAGAGACUCCCGAGGCUUUCAAAUUCAUCGCGGAUCUCCCGGGCCUGAAGAAGGACGAGGUGAAGGUUCAGAUCGAAGAUAAGAAUUUGCUGACUAUCAGCGGCGAGCGGACCCGGGAAGUUAAGGAAGAGACGGAGAAGUAUCACCGUGUGGAGCGGAGCACUGGCAAGUUUCUGAGGCGAUUCCGUCUUCCUGAUAACGUGGAAGUGGAUAAGAUCGCGGCGACCUCGGAGAAUGGUGUUCUCACCGUAACUGUCCCGAAGUUCAAGCCUCCAGAGCCGAAGAAGCCGGCUAUUGUAGAUAUUCCCAUCAACUAG